UCUCCUGUCGCGAGCGGUGCGCGCUCAGUCCAGGGAUGUACAUGCGGGUGGAGUCACGCACCAGCUCCUGCCUCCAUCUGAAGAGGGCUCCAGGCAUCAGGUCCUGGUCUUUGCUUGUUGGAAUCUUGUCGAUUGGUCUGGCUGCUGCGUACUACAGUGGAGAUAGUCUGGGCUGGAAGCUCUUCUAUGUCACGGGCUGCCUGUUCGUGGCCGUGCAGAACCUGGAGGACUGGGAGGAAGCUGUGUUCAACAAGAGCACUGGGCAGGUGGUUCUGCAGACAUUCAGCUUGUACAGGAAGCUGCUGACUCUUUUCAGAACUGGCCACGACCAAGUGGUGGUCCUGCUGAAUGACAUCCGGGAUGUGAACGUGGAGGAGGAGAAAGUCCGGUAUUUCGGGAAGGGCUACGUGGUGGUGCUGCGGUUUGCGACAGGCUUCUCCCACCCCCUCACCCAGAGCGCUAUCAUGGGCCACCGCAGUGACGUGGAAGCCAUCGCCAAGCUUAUUGCCACCUUCCUGGAACUGCACCGCCUGGAGAGUCCUGUGGAGCUGUCUCAGAGCAGUGACAGCGAGGCUGAUGGCCCAGGGAGCCAGAGCUGAUGCCCACAGAGCCCCUGGCCUUGGUUCUGGUGGUGCCCUGGUAGGCCUGAUGGGCCACUGGCAAGUCUUCUUCCAGCACCUGGGUGUGUCUCUGGCAGUGCCAGGGUGGGACCCUCAGCCAUUCCUGCUGCUUGCUUCCGCCCUCUGAGCAAAACCAUAGGCUGAUUUCUGCAGGCCUCAGAGCUGCCUCCUCCUGGCAUCAGAUGGCUGGCCCCAGCCUGGGUGGUGUGGGUGGGGCGUGAGGGCACACGUACCCCACUGCCCCACCAACUGUGUGGGGAUCAGGUCUCUGAAAUGGGGAGGGAUGCCCAGGCUCCCGGCGGGGGGGGGGGGGCGGCAGGGAGGUUCGCCAGAACCAGCUCCCCCAGCAUUUCAGCUCCCCAGUGAGAGCAAGGCUUUAGCAGGUGGGCCCAGGGCCAGUGGCUGGGUUAGGCUCUGAGGAUGCUAGGAUGACAGCCACACUCUCAAGUUGUCCGUGGGAAUCCCAGGGGGUCCUGCCCCACAUGCUGUAGCCCUUCUCGGGCUCAACGUCCUCAGUGGUUAGAGUGCGGUGCUUGCCCAGCGUCUGUAGGGCCCAGGGCGGACGCUGAGGGUCCCAUCUGACUAUGUGCACUGCAGCCACUCCCAAGGCCUCCCCAGCCCACAGACAGCACCUGUCCAGCUGGGCCUGCAGCUGGGCUUUCAUGGGGUGGGGGAGGCCUCAUGCAGGCCCUAGACGAGGGCAGCUCCCUUAGGAACCCAGGCAGGACGUGGGCCCAGGGCUGCUGUAGAGGUGGGGGGCAGCAAGGGCACCUCUGAGCAGGCACUCAGGAGCUAUGCCUAGGACUGGCUGGGGAGCACUGCAGAAGAGGGUGGGUCUCUGGGGAGACCCACCCUCUUCUUAGCAGAGGUCACCAACAGCUCUAGUUUGGGGAUGCAGUCAUUUACACAUGCCAAAGUUAGGUUUUAAAGUGGUAAAAUCUGAAAGCCUUCUUUUUCUAAAAUAAAGUAUGAAAUGUUGUAACUGG